AGGAUUUUAAUAAAGUGUAAUAAAAAAGGCCGUGAUGUCACAGGACUCAUGACCUGCUCAGUCUGUGUACACUGUACAGAGUCGAGCUAGCGUACAGCUGCAGGGAGGACUGUGACAGAGCAGGUGUUGACUUUGUACUCGAAAUAAUGUCUGGAGAAAAGAGCGCGUGUGCCAAAGGCUUCGUUGAUGGCGCCAUUCACGUAGAUGUCAAGGAUUAUUAUGGCAAAGUGCUGAAAAACACUUCAGACCUGAAGACCAAUGCCUGUGUGGCUCCGGCCAAGCCCAUCCCCGCUUUCAUCCGUCAGGCUUUGAAGAAAGUGCACCCUGAAGUCAUUGCCAGGUACUAUGGCUGUGGUCUGGUGGUACCAGAGUGCUUGGAGGACUGCAGGAUACUGGACCUGGGCUGUGGAAGUGGGAGGGAUUGCUACAUGCUGGGUGACCUGGUGGGGGAGAAGGGUCAUGUCAUUGGCAUCGACAUGACAGAGGACCAGCUCGAGGUGGCUCGGACAUAUGUGGACUAUCACACAAAAGAAUUUGGCUAUAAGAAGCCCAACGUCAGUUUUGUCCAGGGCUACAUUGAGGCCCUUACAGAAGCGGGUCUAGAGAAGAGCUCAUUCGAUAUCAUUAUUUCCAACUGCGUGGUGAAUCUCUCUCCAGACAAGAGGAGAGUGCUGGCUGAAGCUUACAGUGUGCUCAAGGAUGGUGGUGAGCUGUACUUCAGUGAUGUCUACAGCAGUGAAAGAGUAACAGAGGAGAUUAAAAAUCACAAAGUCCUGUGGGGUGAGUGUAUUGGUGGAGCGCUCUGGUGGAAGGAUCUGCUACAGCUGGCUGAAGAAGUUGGCUUCAGCCCACCACGUCUGGUCACAGCGAGUGUCAUCACAGUCGACAACAAAGAACUGCAGCAAAUUCUGGGUGACUACAAGUUUGUCUCCGCCACCUACCGCCUGUUCAAGGUGCCUAAAGGCAACGCCAAGUCCUGUCAGGUUAUAUAUAAUGGGAACAUUACAGGAGUGGAGGACCGCUUUGAGUUUGACUGUCAGCACACGUUCAAGGUAGGUGAGGUGGUGGAGGUCGAUGCAGAGCUCGCCACCAUCCUGACCCAUUCCAGAUUUAAGGAGGACUUCACUUUCAAGCCACCUGGAGGCCCCUGUGAGCCCUGCACAGUCAAACCUAAGGCCGGCGUUGUGGAUCCUUUUGAACUGGCCUCACAGCUGGAGAAACCGAGUCCAGGAUCAGCCACAGGGGGGUGCUGCAGCACAAAGUCUGCAUCCUGCUGCAAGUGAUGGUGGGAAGAGCACUGUGAUAUACAGGCCCUGCAUAUUACUGUGUAUGCAGGAUAAUAGGAACUGACCUAAUUAUGCCCCGUGCUUUGUCAUUGUGUUGUGUAAAUGAAUCCUUACUCAAACAUUAACAUGUGUCUUACUGAUUUAUGGUGCACCUUUGAAGACAAUCUAAUUUGCUUUUAAAUAUGAUUUAAAAAUAACUAUUUUGCUUCAUAAAUCAUUAUGUUGGUUUUGUACCAAGGCAAGCCAAGAAUUCCCCAAAAUGUGAGACUUUUACUUCAUCUUGAAAAGUCUUGUAAAUUGUAAGAAACUGUAUUUUUCUUCAGAGAGAUCUUCUCUCUGAAGAAAAAUAUAUCCAUGUUAUAUCUAUCCCAUUCACGCCUUUAUUGGGACUUUUCCCACCAUUGCCUUUAAAAGUGACCCCACGGUGUAGUAACUCUGAUUCUAAUAGUUUAGUUAUGCUGCAUAUUGACUGAUUUUGUACUAUUGUGAGCUAUGCAACAGCUUUCUAAUGAUCAUCUGUUAUAAAUAAUGUAUGUUUUAAUUGUUGCUACGAGUAAAUGUUGUCAAUCAGAAAA